UUUUCACCCCGGCUUUGUUUUACAGAAUCUGAUCAAUUUAGGGAUUCAAAGGAUUUUAUAGCUGUAUUGAAAAAGCCUAAAAUUGAAAACCUUGAUCAGCAUGAGCUGGACUGGGAAAGAGAUGAUCAGCAUGAGCUGGACUGGGAAAGAGAUGUGGAUCGGCCAAUGCUUAGGAAGGAGCUUGGAGCGUGCGCAAUGCCAACAUGGGCUCCCGAAACGGAGAAAUACCCCAGAACGUAUGCUGCUACCACAGAACCCAAGGUCAAAGUUCAUUUUCUAGGUUUAAAAAAGGUAAGACUGUUUUGAAAAGUAGCAAUAAAUACUUCCCCGAAAAGAAAUCUGAAAUAACCUGAAUAAGAAGGGAUGGAUGGGUUGGGCGUUAAGACCAGAACAGAAGUUAACUUUUUUGAGGGAGGCGGUGGGGUUCUGUUUAGCAGGCAGCCUCUUCCCCAGGGGGUUACCCUGGGAACGGUUGCCAUCCGCCGUUGGGCGUCUUGUAUCGAUAGGAAAUGUGUCGUUAUCUGAAUCAAGGAAACUCCCAAAAUUUUGCAUGCACUCUAGCCGAAGUUAGCUUGUCAACGAUAUCGACGGCGGCUUGAUUCAAAAGGCUGCAACCCACAAAAAAAAACCAGCUUCCUUCAUCGACUACUUCUCUGGGUACGAAACUUCGGAGAAUCGGUUUCAUUGCAAGUACUGACAUCAGACUAGCACAUACGUUAAUACGGGCACGAUAUACAAAUAGUUGCAUUCGAUAUGCCAGUGACUCGACAGAUUGAGUAAAGAUGCCAGAAAGAAAGGAUGAAAGAGACAAUGAAUCAGCCAUGAGUGAACAUGCAGAGACGAGUGAAAAGAAAUAGGGAGGAGGGCACCGUCAAAUCUAUUAUUCACGAGAAGAAAACUGCAGUAAAAAUGCCAUUUGGGAGGACGGAUAAUCCUCUUAUCAGCCGAAGCAGUCUAGGGUCUCGAUCGCGACCACACCGUAAUUUCGAUCCGAUAAAAGAUUGCUAGCCUUAGAAAACAGCCGAUAUUUGGCAACGAUACCACUGGUUUGCCCGCCAAAUGACGUCUGAGAAACAAGCGCAGAAAUUCCAUACUGAUGAUGCGUCACUACUUAGAUCUGGGUAGUGCUUCUGAUUGGUCGUCAGUAAGUAAAUCUAAAUCGGGCAUGGCUGUAAGGGACCAUCUUUUCUUACUCAAAGAAGGCGUUUUUGGGGCGUGUGAUUGAGCAGGGUUAGGAUGCUGUGGGCUUACUGAUUUAUACGUAAAAGACAACUGUACUCUUAAAGUUCUUUUCGCUUUUUUUUCUUUUUUACCAGGAGUAUGAAAAGGUACAGAGUCGUGUAAAUCGCCAGUCACGGCAGCGGUUGGCAGACGGCAAAGUUCGCAUCAUGAUCAAAACUGAAGCUCAGAUUGAACACAUUGGGGUAUACGUGGAGCGUAUUCCAAUGGCUGCUGCUUUAAGUGGUGAUGUCACAGGCAGAGUUCCACUGAAUGUCAAACUGGGAGCACAAAUGAUCAACAAGGUGCGCAAAAUGCUAGUGAUCGGAAAUCGUAAAAUUAGGAAAUUUAUCAUGAUCAUUAGGAGAUUAGGAUAGGGGCUGUUCAUCUCUCUAUCACUCCAUCCUCUAUAUAGUCUUUCUACUGCAAAAGCAUCACCCCAUGAAAAGGAAUCCAAGACAGUCUUGGAACCCGAAUUCCACACCGUGGAUUUCGAAUACUCUGUCAGUGGAACAUGGAUACCGGAUUCUAACCGUUUGUCAAAUUCCGGAUUACUUGAAAUGUAUUCCAGAUUCCAAAGCCCAAAAUCUGGAUUCUACAAGCAAAACUGAUUUCCACGAUUCCGGAAUCCAGAUUACGUUACAUGGCGCGAGAAGCAAAAGCAAUUUGCGCCGCAUUUGUGAGCUUCCGUUCCCAUACUUUAAUCCUCCCCACCUUAUCUUGGAAAACGAACACAGUAAUGUUUAAGCAGUUAUAAUAACUCCUCUAGUGGGGUUAAUUUAACUCCUUACAGUGGAGUUAUUUUUGGGGGAGUUAUUUUAAUUUCAAAAAGGAGUUUAAAGAACUCUUUUUCAGGAGUAAAAAUGACCUCAGAUAUUGAGGAGUUAAAAUGACCCCCAAAAAGGAGUUAUCCUGUACCUAAAAUUUUUACUCCACUUUCAGAGUUAAAUUAACUCCAAAAAGAGUAAAAACAACCCAUGUAAGGAGUAAAAAUAACCUCAUUUUCGGAGUUAUUUUAACUCCAGGCUAGGAGCAAAAAGAACUCUUUUUCAGGAGUAAAAAUGACCCCAAAAUUGGAGUUAAAUUAGGAGUUACAAUAACCCCAAAAAGGAUUUAUCCUGUGCCUAAAAUUUUUACUCCAUUUUUGGAGUUAUAAUAACUCUCUAAAAAUUACAGUGAAAGUAAACAAACUCACUGUAUGUUAUCUACGCAACGAGCGGAAAAGUCUUAUCACCCUCUACCGACGGAUUGUUGCUGUCUAUGGCUCCAUGUACUAUUACUCUUAGCUCCAAGAACGACAGUUGCUACCUACGGUAAAUUCAUUUCUAACUGACGGCUUAUUCUGUUUCUGUUGUUAGCAAUUCUUGUCAGUGGAUCUGGACUCAGUUUACAUGUCUUCUCAAGGAACUCCUGUUUAUAAGCUCUCUACUGUUGACGCGGACAGGCGAAACCGAUUCCGUUUAAUUGUUACAGUGCUGUUCAUUGAUGGAGAGGGUAGCAGGUCAUUUGCUAGUCCGCCUUUCCUUCUUCGAAGCCGCAGACCAGAGAGAAAGAAGUCUUGUUAA